AAAGCUACAUUGGUGUUGGCCCCAGAGCUUAAUAAAGACGCUAUUUAUUGUUUCCUUUCAUCUUCAAGAACACAAAAUUCUCAAAUUUAAUAAUCCGAAAUUCUGCUCCGAUCAUCCCUUGCUUUUCUCUGUGUUCUUUCAAUGGAGAUAAUUCCCGGUCUUCCCAACGACGUAGCUUUUGAAUGUCUUAUUCGGAUUUCGUUUGAUCAGUUCCACAAGGCUGCAUCUGUGAGUAGAGCAUGGAACGCUGUGAUUAAGCAGCCGGAGUUUCACCGGCGCUGGGAAGUUUCGGGUCUAACCCGACCCGUCAUUGUCAUGGCUCAGUCAAUGGAUGGUUUAAUCAAAUCGAAUUUGUUUAAGGUUUACCGGCUAACGCUAUUCGAGCCGGCCUUAGCCGAAGGGAUGCCGGUGUUUUGUGGGGUCGCCGGGAUUGGGCCGGAGCUGGUGGUGAUCGGCGGGUGUGACCCGGUGACGUGUCGGGUUCAGAAUUCAGUUUUCAUCUACAACUUCAUAUCCACCACGUGGCGGCGCGGCGCCGAUAUGCCCGGCAAGGAUCGCCUGUUCUUCGGGUGCGCGGCGUCGGAGGAGGACGGGACAGUGGUGGUCGCCGGUGGACACAACGGGGACAACAUGUCACUGAAAUCAACGUUGGCGUAUGACGUGGCAAGGGACACGUGGACAACGUUGCCCGACAUGUCAAUCGAGCAAAACGAGUGCAGGUGCGUGUUCCAUCUUGGCAAGUUCCACAUCCUCGGCGGCUAUAACAUGGACACACAAGAGGACUCCAAACAACCCGUUGAAACACUCGACCUUGUCACCCGCCAAUGGCGGGUAAUAAACGACACAGUCACAGACUACGCGAUCAUAUCGGCGCAGGCUACCUAUGUAGAGAUUGAUGGGGUAAUAUAUACAAUCAAGGGAAAACGCAACGUGGUUGCAUUAGAGGACGCCACAUGGGUGUUCGUCUCGCGGGUCCCAAACAAUACAAGCCGCGUGGCAUAUGUGACAGGGUGGCAGGGGAAGAUGAUGGUGAUUAUUGAAAAUGCAGAAAAUGGUAGAGCUAAGAGAGCUUAUGUGCUGGAAUUGAAGACUAAGAAAUGGACCAAAGUAAAAAUCCCAAGUGAGUUUCGCGGCUACGUUGAAUCCGGUUGUUGUAUACACAUCUAAAGGGAGCAAUUUUUGUCCUUAAAAUUACACUUUUAUUUUU